GAUUGGUUAGUUCAAUUAUAACAUCCUUGCUAUUCGUGAAAUGGGUGUUCAAGCGUCUGUGGGAGCAGCGUCCGCCAUUUUGCGGCUGUUGAAAGCAGAAGCCGGUGGUGAAAUAAAAUAUCUGGCCGCAUUGCGGCAAUCGGUUACUUAUUCUAUGCAAAGUGAAUAAGGCCGAUCCAAGAUGUAUUUGUAUAACCUAACACUGCAAGGGUCUUCGGCCAUUACGCACGCCGUCCACGGUAACUUCUCCGGCACAAAGCAACAGGAGAUUAUAAUAUCGCGUGGGAAAACGUUGGAAAUGCUCAGACCGGAUCCUAACACCGGCAAAGUUCAUACGCUGAUGAAAGUUGAAAUAUUCGGCGUCAUACGUUCAAUGAUGUCGUUUCGUCUCACCGGCGGCACUAAAGAUUACUUGGUAGUUGGAUCAGAUUCUGGACGUAUUGUGAUAUUGGAGUACAUUCAAGCAAAGAAUAUUCUAGAAAAAGUGCACCAAGAAACAUUUGGAAAAUCAGGUUGCCGGAGGAUAGUACCAGGACAGUAUCUAGCUAUUGACCCUAAAGGCAGAGCUGUUAUGAUUGGUGCCAUUGAGAAACAAAAACUAGUGUACAUUCUAAACAGAGAUGCAGAAGCCAGAUUAACCAUUUCCUCCCCACUAGAAGCUCACAAGUCCAACACCUUAGUUUAUCACAUGGUGGGUGUGGAUGUUGGUUUUGAGAACCCCAUGUUUGCUUGUUUGGAGAUAGAUUAUGAGGAGGCUGAUGCUGAUCCUACAGGUGAAGCUGCUCAAAAGACACAACAGACAUUAACUUUUUAUGAAUUAGAUUUGGGUCUCAACCAUGUUGUUAGAAAGUAUUCUGAACCACUGGAGGAACAUGCCAACUUCCUUAUAACAGUCCCUGGUGGUAACGACGGGCCCUCAGGUGUACUUAUCUGCUCGGAAAACUAUCUCACAUACAAAAAUUUGGGAGACCAGCAUGACAUUAGAUGCCCCAUACCCAGGCGACGCAAUGAUUUAGAUGAUCCUGAGAGAGGAAUGAUCUUUGUCUGUUCUGCGACACACAAAACAAAAUCAAUGUACUUCUUCCUAGCACAAACAGAACAGGGAGACAUAUUCAAGAUAACAAUUGAGACUGACGAAGACAUGGUCACGGAAAUUAAGCUCAAAUACUUUGACACUGUACCAGUUGCAACAGCCAUGUGUGUUUUGAAAACUGGCUUUUUAUUUGUAGCUUGUGAAUUUGGCAACCAUUACCUGUACCAGAUAGCUCACUUGGGUGAUGAGGAUGACGAACCAGAGUUUAGCUCGGCCAUGCCACUGGAAGAGGGUGACACAUUCUUCUUUGCUCCACGCCCACUGAGGAAUUUGGUGCUAGUUGAUGAGUUGGAUUCACUUUCACCCAUAUUAGCUUGCCAUGUAGCUGAUCUAACUGGUGAAGACACACCGCAAGUAUACCUAGCCUGUGGUAGAGGACCUAGGUCAUCAUUGAGGGCAUUAAGACAUGGUCUGGAAGUGGCUGAAAUGGCAGUCUCAGAACUGCCAGGCUCCCCUAAUGCUGUGUGGACUGUGAGAAGACAUAAAGAUGACGACUUUGACUCUUACAUCAUAGUGUCGUUCGUAAACGCCACCCUUGUGCUCUCUAUCGGUGAGACUGUAGAGGAAGUCACGGAUUCUGGUUUCUUGGGAACCACACCUACUUUGAGUUGUCAUGCGCUCGGCAGUGAUGCUCUUGUCCAAGUAUACCCUGACGGUAUCAGGCACAUUCGCGCCGACAAAAGGGUGAAUGAAUGGAAGGCUCCUGGUAAAAAGUCCAUAGUGAAAUGUGCUGUGAACCAAAGACAAGUUGUAAUUGCACUCACUGGUGGUGAACUGGUUUACUUUGAGAUGGAUCCUACUGGCCAAUUGAACGAGUACACUGAACGGAAGAAACUGUCAUCAGAUGUGUCGUGCAUGGCGUUGGGAUCUGUAGCGACUGGUGAGCAGAGAGCGUGGUUUUUAGCCGUCGGCCUUGUUGAUAACACUGUUCGAAUCAUUUCACUGGACCCAGCAGAUUGCUUAGCGCCACGAUCUAUGCAAGCAUUACCUGCAAGUCCUGAAUCACUAUGUAUAGUUGAUCAGCCAUUUGAAUCUGGUGCCAAGUCUGCUUUACAUUUGAAUAUAGGGCUUAAUAAUGGAGUACUUUUGAGAACCACCCUGGAUUCUGUUAGUGGAGAUUUAGCAGACACAAGGACAAGAUAUUUGGGAUCACGUCCAGUCAAACUUUUCAAAGUGAGAGUGCAAUCGGCGGAAGCAGUAUUAGCUGUGUCGUCUAGAACAUGGCUGGGGUACCAAUAUCAGAAUAGGUUUCAUCUCACCCCACUGUCAUAUGAAUGCUUGGAAUAUGCAGCAGGUUUCAGCUCUGAACAGUGCACAGAAGGUAUUGUAGCGAUCUCAUCAAACACCUUAAGGAUUUUGGCCCUAGAAAAACUCGGCGCCGUAUUCAAUCAAACAUACCAGCCGUUAGAGUAUACACCACGAAAAUUCAUCAUAAACUCUGAAAACAAUCAAAUAAUUAUAUUAGAAACAGACCACAACUCCUACACUGAAGAAAUGAAGAAGCAAAGGAGAGUACAAAUGGCCCAGGAAAUGCGAGAAGCGGCCGCUGGCGGUGCCCCAGAAGAGCAACAGCUUGCAAACGAAAUGGCUGAUGCAUUCCUAUCUGAUGUUUUACCAGAAAACGUUUUUUCGUCGCCCAAAGCCGGCGCAGGUAUGUGGGCAUCCCAAAUCCGCGUGGUGGACAUGAGCACAGGCGGCAGUCCCAGCACGGUGGCGAAGCUGCCGCUGGAGCAGAACGAGGCGGCGGUGUCGCUGUGCGCGCUGCGCUGGGCGGCGCACGCCGAGCACGCCAUGCUGCACCUGGUGGUCGGCGUGGCCAAGGACUGCAUACUGUCGCCGCGCUCGUGCACCGAGGGCAGCUUGCAUGUCUACAAGGUAUAUAAUACUGGUAAAUUAGAAUUGGUCCACAAAACUCCAGUAGAUGAAUACCCUGGAGCGUUAGCUGCGUUCAAUGGAAAACUAUUAGUCGGCGUUGGCCGAAUGCUAAGACUGUAUGACAUUGGCAGAAGAAAAUUGCUUCGCAAAUGCGAAAACAGACACAUUCCAAACCUCAUAGGAGAUAUUAAAACAAUUAGACAAAGAAUUUACGUAGCAGAUGUCCAGGAUUCAAUAUUCUGCGUUAAAUACAAGAAGAGGGAGAACCAGCUGAUAAUAUUUGCAGAUGACACAAACCCUAGGUGGAUAACAAAUACCUGUAUCCUAGAUUAUGAUACAAUAGCAGUUUCAGACAAGUUUGGCAAUAUUGCCAUCAUGAGGUUGCCACAGUCAGUCACUGACGAUGUGGAUGAAGACCCUACAGGGAAUAAAGCUUUGUGGGACAGAGGCCUUCUCAAUGGAGCGUCCCAGAAGGGCGAUAUUGUAGUCAACUUCCACGUGGGCGAAACUGUGACGUCAUUGCAAAGAGCUACAUUGAUCCCUGGUGGGUCAGAAGCCCUUCUCUACGCGACUAUCAGUGGCUCGCUCGGCGUACUUCUGCCGUUCACUUCUAGAGAAGACCAUGACUUUUUCCAGCAUUUGGAGAUGCAUAUGAGAAGUGAAAACUCGCCGUUGUGUGGACGUGAUCACUUGUCCUAUAGAAGUUAUUAUUAUCCAGUAAAAAACGUGAUUGAUGGGGAUCUCUGUGAACAGUUUAACUCCCUGGAGCCGGCCAAACAGAAGGCUAUCGCCGGCGACUUGGAACGAGUGCCAGCUGAGGUGUCCAAGAAACUUGAAGAUAUUAGGACAAGAUACGCUUUCUAAGUUCUAGUUUAUUUACCACUUACAUAAUAAGAAAAUAAAAGAAUUUGCUAACA